UAUUGUCCACUAUUCUUCACUAGGGCGGACUCAGAGUUAGUUUUAAUGACUGCUUUGUUUUCUGAGUAUUAAUGACUCUUGGCUGUUUAUUUGCAAAUAUGUUAUUUUUGCUGCUGUUGGAACCUGAACAUUUUGCAUCUUCAACUCCUUUUUCCUUUUACUACUAAAAUUCACAGCACAUCCAGUGAGACCUGAACAGGACUGAAACCUUCAGUGUUUUUGUUGUGGCCGCCCCAGUGACAUCUUGGCUUCUACAAACCUCAUCCAGCCAGUUGUCUGCAGUUUCUUCUGUUUUAUGGACCCUGGACUUUCUGUAAGAUGGUGGUUCCCGUGGUGCUGCUGCCAAACGGCUCAGGGAUGCAGCCAUCUUUCCAUUUUGCUCCUUAGAUAGUUUCUGGCCUCUGAAAACCUAGGCAGUUAGCGCAGUGUCGUGACAGUCUCUUGUAAGGAGGAAGGGAGGGUACUGGAGUCCCCCAAAGACAUUUGCAUUUCUUCCCACCUCCCUGAGCCAUGGCAACCGUUACGGUCACUCCCAUCAGAAAUGACAUAAUAUGCUCUAUGAGGUAAAACACCUAUGUUACCUCAUAUAAAAUGUUCAAAGCCAGAACUUGGACUUUGGGAAACGUCGCAUAUCCCUCUCCGGAAGCCCGCCUCCCAGCCUCUCGGUGUUCUUAGAGAUGGCGAAGGAUGGGGUUGCAGCGCCAGAAUUCCAGAAUCGGAAGUUCUCCUCGGCCGCCGUAGGUGGACCAUAAACCUGUGCGAGGACUCCAGAAGUAGAAGCAGUUUACGGAAGUGUAACGUUGAGGCCCUCCUUGUGGAUCUGGAGAAGAUAGAGGGGAACCCGUAUCAGAAAGACUGCUGUCACAUUUUAAUGCCUCUCUAGACCUGAUAAUUUAAAAGGAGUCACAUUCCUCAGAUAAAAGCCCACAGGUUCUGACUCCUCAGGAGAAAAAGCAUCACCCGAAGAGGAAGGAAGUGGAUUUGGGUAUCACCAUUUCUAGGGGCACACUUGAUUGAAGACUGAGACUUCUGAAGAGAAGUCCAGAAGAUACAAAGACAGACCAUCCCAGUUGAAUGCUGUUUUCCAAGAACAGAAGAAAAUGAUCCAGGCCCAGGAAUCCGUAACACUGGAGGAUGUGGCUGUGGACUUCACCUGGGAGGAGUGGCAGCUUCUGGGCCCUGCUCAGAAGGACCUGUACCGGGACGUGAUGUUGGAGAACUACAGCAACCUGGUGGCAGUGGGGUAUCAAGCCAGCAAACCGGAUGUAUUCUUCAAGUUGGAACAAGGAGAACCACCGUGGACAACAGAAGAUGGAAUCCACAGUGGAGCCUGUUCAGAAAUCUGGAAAGUUGAUGAUCAUGUGCUGAAGCGCUUGCAUAGUGAAACCCUAGUGAACAGAAGGAAACAAUGUCAUGAACAUGAUGCAUUUGAAAAUAUCGUUCAUUGCAGCAAAAGUCAGUUUCUGUUAGGGCAAAAUCAUGAUAUAUUUGACUUACAUGGAAAAAGUUUGAAAUCAAAUUUAACUUUAGUUAAUAAGAGCAAAGGCUAUGAAAUAAAGAACUCUUGUGAGUUUACUGGAAAUGGGGACUCCUUUCUUCAUGCUAACCAUGAACGACUUCAUACUGCAAUUAAAUUCCCUGCAAGUAAAAAACUCAUCAGCACUAAGUCCCAAUUCAUCAAUCCCAAGCAUCAGAAAACACGAAAAUUGGAGAAGCAUCAUGUAUGCAGUGAAUGUGGGAAAGCCUUCAUCAAGAAGUCUUGGCUAACUGAUCACCAGGUAAUGCAUACAGGAGAGAAACCCCACAGAUGUAGUCUGUGUGAGAAAGCCUUCUCCAGAAAGUUCAUGCUCACUGAACAUCAGCGAACUCAUACGGGAGAAAAACCUUAUGAAUGCCCUGAAUGUGGCAAAGCCUUUCUCAAGAAAUCACGGCUCAACAUACAUCAGAAAACACAUACCGGAGAGAAACCCUAUAUAUGCAGUGAAUGUGGAAAAGGCUUCAUCCAGAAAGGAAAUCUCAUUGUACACCAGCGAAUUCAUACAGGUGAGAAACCUUAUAUAUGCAGUGAAUGUGGAAAAGGCUUCAUUCAGAAGACUUGCCUCAUAGCUCAUCAGAGAUUUCACACGGGAAAGACGCCCUUUGUGUGCAGUGAAUGUGGAAAAUCCUGUUCUCAGAAGUCAGGUCUCAUUAAACAUCAAAGAAUUCACACAGGAGAGAAACCCUUUGAAUGUAGUGAAUGUGGGAAAGCCUUUAGCACAAAGCAAAAGCUCAUUGUCCAUCAAAGGACUCAUACAGGAGAGAGACCCUAUGGCUGCAACGAGUGUGGGAAAGCAUUUGCUUAUAUGUCGUGCCUGGUUAAGCAUAAGAGAAUACACACGAGGGAGAAACAAGAUGCAGUCAAGGUGGAAAUUCCUCCUGCAGAGAGGCACAGCAUAUUACACACCAGUGAUGUCAUGCAGGAGAAAAACUCCGCUAACGGGGUGACUACACAAGUGUCUUCUGUGACCCCUCAGACAUCACUAAACAUCAGCGGCCUCCUUGCAAACAGGAACAUAGUCCUUGUGGGACAGCCAGUGGUCAGAUGUGCAGCCUCAGGAGAUGAUAGAGGAUUUGCACAGGACAGAAACCUUGUGAAUGCGGUGAAUGUGGUUGUGCCUUCCGUGAUCAAUUAUGUCUUAUUUUAUGUUACAGAAAACCCAUAGGAAGAGAACUCAGAUCUAUGUGGAAAAAGGGUGGAGCAAAAAUUUGUAGUUCAUUAUGUGGCUGAAAAGCAUACACUGAGAGAAAAUGUAUAAGGCAGAGAAAGCCUGAUAAACUCAUCCUAUUUAAAUGUAUGCUGUGAUGCACAGGCAAAAUCUGAUGUUAGCCUAAACACAUACACAGCAGUUGCUCUAUUGUGUCAAAUAAAUGAGUAAAGGAAGCCCAAGUACUUUGAAGUGGAAGAAAUGAAGUACUGUGAAUUUUUAAAAGAGAUGAAAGAAUUGGUAUCGGGGGUGUUGCAGUGACUGAAAAACCCCAUAAGGGGUGGUUGGUGGGAAAGGGCUAGUACUGGAAUGGUGGGAUGUGGGACGCAUUUGUGUCAAUUCAGUUUCCUUAGACCAGUGUGAAGGAUUAAUUGAAAACCAGGACCAUAAACUUUCAGAACUUUAUAUUUUGCAGAGGGAUCUGCUGUUAAUGGUACUUAAGCACCUGAGUACAAAAAUGAGGUUUGGUUUGGUUUUGUUUUUUAUGCCCAGGUCUCAUCUCUCCAAAAGAUUACAAAUUCCCUGCUAAUUUUUGUGGCUACUUAAAUUUUAGAAUUAAAGAAACUGAACACAAAAUUUAAAAAUUCAGUUCCCUCACUGCUCAAGAGCUGUACGUGAAUAGCUGCUACCAAACUGGACAGCAGAGUGAACAGAACUUUGAGACAAUGGGGACUCUCUGUCAUCAUUUCCAGCAUCCCAGAAAGUUGUGCUGAAGAGCUGCUUUGCAUGAUUUAAUAUUUCCCAACACAUAGAAAAUCAAAAACUAUAUUGAUUUGGAGAGAGAAUGAUUUGGAAAGAGAAGAGUAUUUUGUCAUUGAAGGGAAUGACAGUUGUAAAGAAUGGAAUUGUCACCCACAACUUUUGUGUGAUUAGAGAGACUUAGUCAAAUAUAAAAGGGGCAGAGCAGAAAAGGAAAAGGACCCUUAGAAUAAGUAGAACACAAAGGAGGAGGAAAAUCUUAGUCUCUGAGAAUGGAUGAGACUGUAACAGAUGGGGGGAGGUGGGUUUCUUUUGGGAUGUCUUAGAGAUGACCCUUUUAUUUGUCCGUAAGACCUAUCCCUUGCUAAAGUUACCGUUUCAAAGAUCCUGGCUUCUCUGUGACCUGCUGAACUGAGAUGUGAUUUUUUUUUUUUUUUUUUUUUGAGAUCAUGAUUUAUCUUCAUCGUUCUCCCUUUUCUGGGAGUAGAUCUCUUGGCCUUCUUUAUCCGGUUUUUUAACCUUCAUCCCAUAUGGAUACACUGUCCAAGUUACAGUAAGUGCUGCGCAUAGGAAAAGAAAUGAAAAUUUGCCUUGUUGUGGCUAGCUCAGAAUUCAACAGAAAUCCUGGGUUACUAGGUAACUUUUGUUUUGUUUUUGUGUUUUUUUUGAGAUGGAGCCUUGCUCUGUCGCCCAGGAUGGAAUGCAGUGGCACGAUCUCAGCUCACUACAACCGUCGCUUCCCAGUGGGGUGUGUUGUCCCUGAAAACCCUGAGGAACAAAGGGCUGAAUUGGGAAUGCCCCAGUUUGUUGUGGGGCCUGAAGUUGGCCCCUCUUCUCCUUUCCCAACAACAGUUGCCCAUUUUUAUCAAAUUUAUUACAACGUUGAUUAGCCAGUGUUUUCCUUUUUUAUAUCUUGGGCAUAGGCCAGGUGGCUCUUUCUUUGUUGUAGUAGCUUGAGUUGUUAUAUUUUGUUCAUUUGAGACUGGGCAAUUCUGUUUUAGAUGACCAAUUGGACCACAAUUAUAACAUUUCCCCCCAAAUGUUCUAACUUGUCCUCCUAAAACAACUCCCAUUAUUGCUUGAGCUAUAAGUUUAGCUUUAUGCAUAGCUCCUCCAAUUCCAUCACAGGCUUUUAUGUACUCUGAGAUUACAUCUGAUCCUGCUGGGACCUUUUCUUUUAAUGGCUUAAUGGCUGAGUGACACUCAGGAUUGGCAUUUUCUUAUGCCAUCAACUCCACUAUGACCUUACAGGCAUUCUCAUCCAUAAUUGACUUUUGAGCAGCAUCUUGGAGCCUUGCCACAAAAUCAGGGUAGGGCUCUUUAGAGCCUUGUCUUAUUUUAUUGAAUGAGGGGCAGGUAGUUCCUGGGUCUUGGAUUUUCUCCCAGGCCAUAAGGCAGAUAGCUCUAACUUGCUCAAUGACCUCAUCUUGCAUUAUUGCUUGUUGAUUAAUAGUGCUCCAAUUUUGACCUGUUCCUAAUAGUUGAUCUGCAUCUAUGUUAACUGGAGGAUUGGCAGCCCUGUUUCUUCAGACCUGUUCUUGUGCCCCAUCAAUACACCAAGUCUUAAAUUGUAAAAA